AUGGGGUAUCCUCUUCUUCCAUUAGAUUGUUUAUUAGAAAUUUUUGAAAAGAUAACAGAUGAUAAUAAAUCACUUUAUUCCUGUUUGUUGGUAAAUAGAAUAUGGUGUCAAGCGGCGAUGCCCAUAUUAUGGGAAAAACCACUACAUGACAGUAUUUCAUUCAAGUUUAAUCAAGUACAAUGGAAAUCAUUGAGUCGUACUAUAUUUCAUUGUAUACCAAAUGAGAAUUUAGAAUACCUACAAAAAACUAAUUCACUCCUGUUGAAGGAUCAAUUGAAUGAUUCAUCCAAUAAAUUGAUGUUUAAUUAUAUCGAAUUCAUUCAAUACCUUUCCGUUGAAUCAAUUCAUAAAUUAAUCACUCAUCUUUUAUUUGACCCUACUCCUUACACGAACGAUUUACCACCGAAAUUCUCAUAUACAUAUCAUGAAACGUUAUUGGAAAAGGAAUUAUGGAAAAUCUUCCUGAAGCAUAGCGUAACGUUAAAACGUAUGGAACAUCCUUCAUUCCCAAUUUUCAUUUAUCCCAAUGCCUUGACAAGGUUAGGUUUCUUAAUCCAUUUAGAAUGUUCACCCAUGGAGUUAGGCACCUUGAUGUUUGAAGAUUUAAGUUCAUCUUGUCAAAACUUGGAAAGGUUGAGUUUGAAUUAUUCGAAUGGCGUCAUCGAGAGCGUUGGUAGCGGUAUUAAUGAAAGCGUAUCAAAAUUCAUUUCAAUGCAAAAUGGGUUGAAGGAGGUCGAAUUUUAUUGUCCAAAUUUUAAUCAUCAAAAUCUUGAAGGGAAUGAUGUUGGUGGUAUCAAUAAUCAGAAUUUGAGAGAAUUUAAGAAAGAAUUUAACAAAUUUAUAGGAAAAAGUCUCUUGAAACAUAAAAAUACUUUAAAGAGUAUCAUAUUUAAAGAGAACGUUUAUAUCUUUUCAAAUAUUUUAAAUCAAUUAAAGAACGUUAAAAAAUUUGAAUUUAAAUCCAUAUUGGGCAAUUAUACUCCUAAUCAUAGGGUUGGGUUUCACAAUGAAACCUCCGUGAGAGGGUUGAAUUACUUGGAGAAUGUUAAAUGGUCAAAUCUCGAAUGUUUAAUUGUUUGUGGGAUUAACGUUGAAACCGAAUUUGAAACCUUCGUUAAAUUGAUCCAAGGUACCUCCGAUUCUUUCACGACCUUAACCCAAGAACUGGGGCAGGAUCGAACGCAAGUUGAAUCACAACAACAACAGACACGACAAGGCGUUAACGGAUUGUUAAGACAGGUCAAUAUCGAAACGGAUUCAACGAUGCCAAAUCCCGAAUGUAUUAAAUCGUAUUAUCAAUCUUUAAUAAGAUUUGGUCCAAGCCUUGAAGUGGUGACCAUAUGGUAUUUAGACGAGUAUAAAGAUGAUUUUGAAAUUUUGAUUAAAUCCUCUCCAAGAUUAAAAGAAAUCACCCUAUUAAUUCAUAAUGAUGACGUUCCGGGAAAUAAUAAUGGUGAUGCUAUAUUGACCUUUAUAUUUAACACCCUUUCAAGUUAUGCUGGUUCUAAUCUUUCAACGAUUAAAUUUGGUGAAGGUUGGAAUAUCAGUGUAAAGGUCUUGUAUGAAUUCUUGCAGCGAUGGAGGGAGAGAAAAUCCUUGUUCAUUUACUAUCAUAUGGAAAUUGAUAUCACCGAACAACAUUUACAAGUUUUUGAAAAUUUUAAAAAUAUUGGUGUACUCAAAG